AUGCACGAGAAGUGCGCCAACGGACCGAUUUCCACUGGAGGAGACUGUGUCAAGGAGCAUUUAUGUAUAGCAAAUACGGUAAUUUUUUUGAAUGUCUUCUAUAAUAGAAACAAAAAUCUUGUUACAAAUUUUAUGAUUAAAUGUCCCAGAAUGCGUUCCUUCGAUGUAGGCCUAUUUUUUUUAAUCGUUUCCAGUUGUUGUCAUUUUCAUUAUAAAAUGCAUAUUCCAUGUAAAUAA